AUGGCGGGAUCAGUGGCCCAGAGAGAGGCACUAGAGAAACUAGAAGAUAGGCAUCUAAACAACUUCUUGGGAGCUCCUUUCCAUGCGGAAGUGUGCUUUCCAAGACUGAUAAUACCAUUCUGUGGGCCUAUUAAAGGUGGAAUGAGGCCAGGCAAGAAGAUCUUAGUGAUGGGGAUUGUAGACCUCAACCCUGAGAGUUUCGAGAUCAGUUUGACGUGUGGGGACUCCGAAGACCCUCCUGCUGACGUGGCCAUGGAACUGAAAGCUAUAUUUACAGAUAAGCAACUGAUUAGAAAUUCUUGUAUAUCUGGAGAAAGAGGUGAAGAACAAUCAGCAAUUCCUUAUUUUCCUUUCAUCCCAGAUCAGCCAUUUAGGGUGGAAAUUCUUUGUGAACAUCCAGGAUUUAGAGUAAUUGUGGAUGGACGCCAGCUUUUUGAUUUUUACCAUCGAAUUGAAACACUGUCUGCAAUUGACACAAUAAAGAUCAGUGGAGACCUCCAGAUCACUAAACUUGGCUGAUCUUGGUGCCCAGACCAUCACCCCUAUUCCGAAAUAGGAGCA